CAGGUCCACAGUGUGCUAACUGUAUCUAUACUGCCUGCAGCAGAAAGAAAAAGAAAGCACUGCUUGAAUGGGAAUUCAGGGACAAUGUUCUCUACGUACCCAACUUAUGAUUUGGAACAGAACUCACAGAUCUGCUAUGACCAGAAGCGUAACUAAAAUCGGAGUCAUUGAAAUUCGUUCUGCUCACCACUUGCCCCCUGUGUAGGGGCUUUAUAGUUCUUAGAGGUGAGGAAGAAGAGCCACCAGUCAAAUAGUUACCAGCACCUCUACCCAGGACAUCUUCAGAGGAAGAAAAAAAAUCUCGCUGACAACAUAUUUCAACGUAUAUUCUGACGCAUGGUCGGCAGUAUGAAGCUAUGUAUACCUCUACUCAUGACAUUCUUCUGUGUGGUGCUACAGUCUGUGCUGGGAGGAUUGCAGAAAUACUAUAUUUCAGCGAAUGAACUAUUACUUGAGGAGUGCUGGAAAGAGCCAAAGGCGCAAGAAUGUGCCAGCAGGUGUUCUAAAUACAUGAGAUGUUACAACAGAAAUCAAAAGUGCUGCUGGAGCCAAUGUGGAUACAUUUGCUGGCAAAAUGAUGAAUCCUUGCCAUGAUUGCUAAAACCCAAACUCCCCACUGGCCCUCCACCUGUGUAGGCUGGAAGACAUUUAAGAGGCCUCAGAAGUGUACUGUGUGGCUACUUUUAGGAACACCAGACUGUUCUUACUGAGGACUAGGAAUGAGCAAACCUUUGUCAAAUAAACUCAUUUACCAAGA